GGGGGCGGGUUGGGCGGGCGGGGGGUUCUCUAAGGGGCUCUCGCUCGGCGCGGCCAUGGAGGCGGACGGGAGCCAGGCUACCUCGGGGAGCCCCGGAGAGGCGCAGCACGACCCCGGCAAGAUGUUCAUCGGCGGCCUCAGCUGGCAAACCUCACCAGACAGCCUUAGAGACUAUUUUAGCAAAUUCGGAGAAAUUAGGGAGUGUAUGGUCAUGCGGGACCCCACCACCAAGCGCUCCAGAGGCUUCGGGUUCGUUACGUUCGCGGAUCCGGCGAGUGUAGACAAAGUCCUGGCCCAGCCGCACCACGAGCUGGACUCCAAGACGAUUGACCCUAAAGUUGCGUUUCCCCGACGAGCACAGCCCAAGAUGGUCACAAGAACAAAGAAAAUAUUUGUAGGUGGAUUAUCGGCUAAUACAGUAGUGGAAGACGUGAAGCAAUACUUUGAACAGUUUGGCAAGGUAGAGGAUGCCAUGCUAAUGUUUGACAAGACGACCAACAGGCAUAGAGGAUUUGGCUUCGUAACUUUUGAAAACGAAGACGUGGUGGAAAAAGUCUGUGAAAUUCAUUUCCACGAAAUCAAUAACAAAAUGGUAGAAUGUAAGAAAGCACAACCUAAAGAAGUGAUGUUUCCACCAGGGACGAGAGGAAGGGCACGUGGAUUGCCGUACACCAUGGACGCGUUCAUGCUAGGGAUGGGAAUGUUGGGUUACCCGAAUUUUGUUGCAACAUAUGGCCGAGGAUAUCCUGGAUUUGCCCCAAGUUACAGUUAUCAGUUCCCAGACUAUUUGCCGAUUUCACAAGACAUAAUUUUUAUCAACUAGUUCUUAAAGAUGCAUAACAAAUUAAUCGGGGUUUACUACAGUGCUAAUGAGAGAGAGACAGAGAAAGCCUGGGUGGUCCAUGUUUAAUAUCAAUGUCCACUGAAAAAUUGCUGCUCUUACUGGCUGGUUUGAUUGACUGGACUUUUUAUUUUAUUUUUAUUUUUUUAAAGGCUCCAUAUCCUCACUGCUUUGAGUUUGCUUUUUUUUUUUAUUUAAUUUUUUUUUCCUCUGCUUUGUUAUGAGUUUUUAAUGCCCACUUGGAAUGUAACUCACAAGGAUGGGGUCAGGGGCGUUCCGAAGGCAUGACUUCUCACAAACUUCUUAGAAAUCACUUUAUCAACGCAGCGAGAAGGAUGAUUGGGUUGAUUUGGUCUCACAGACAGCCCCAGAGAGAGUGACUGGCGCUCUGUAAUGUGGUGACAUCCAGCAGUGGCACAAACCCCACCCUGAGGGGCGUCCCCUGUCCCUGGCAGGGCUGUGGGACCCAGCUGUGUCACCCCGUGUGUCACAGCCCCACACCUGUCCCGUUGGCCUGGGGCUCUUUGGGAGCUGCCACCAUCACACGAGGGCCCUGGUGAGAUGGCACCCAGAGAGGGGCUCGGGGCUGCUGCCCCCACAGCAAUUCCUGCCCCCAGAGCCGGGCUUGGAGCAGCCUGGGACAGUGGGAGGUGUCCCUGCCCCGGCAAGGGUGGCACUGGGUGAGCUUUAAGGUCCCUUCCAACCCAAACCAGUCUGGGUCUCUCUGAUUCUUUGAUCUAACUCUGACCAGCGAUGGUCCUGCACACUCCCUGCAGCUGCUUCUCCUUCCAAACUUUGCUUGCAAAUCAUGGGCAAAUUUCCUAAAUUGUGGCCAAGCUUUCCCUGCUUCAGCUGCAUCACCCUGCUCCUCUUCAUCCCCACCCACGUGGCAGGAGAGCUGCAAGCCUCCAUCCAUUGGCUUUAUUUAACAUGACCAGAUUCUGGACUUCUGGGUAGAAAACACCAUUCUCUUUAAAUUCUGCUCUUCCUGAAGUGUUGCUACCCAUUUGAUAAGUUUGUGAGAAGUAUGGUGCAUGCUUACAGUAGAACUGUAAUGCAUUUUAAUGUUUGUUAAUCCACUUGUUUAAAAUGUCAGUGUCAAAGGCUCUACAAUCCAUGGCUGUGCUGUUCAUUUCAUUAAAGAUGCUUGAUGUAAUACUUGGGUAGUUUUCUUUUGACUUUUCUGCAGGCAAUAGCUUUUUUUAAUCUGUAUGGCUUCUUAUUAUUUUGUUUGGGGUUUUUUGCUAUGAAUUGCUUUGCUUUUGUGAAUUUGUCUUAGUGUGCAUGAUUUGCAAACAUUUCGGCUAUUGUGAAUUUUCUCGUUUUUUGUAAAUAGUCCAUCUGUGCUUUUCUUUUUUUUUUUUUUUUUUUUUUUUUUUUUUUUUUUUAUGACUUUUUUCCUGUAAGUAACUGAGGUAGAAAAUAAUAAUAAAUUGUUUACAACGGAUCUGCUGUGUUGCUGCUCUCUUAGCUUGCAAUUUUAAUAUUUUGGUUUGGACACCCCAAAUAACCAGUACCAAUGACAGUUGAAUAAAAUAAUAAAAUCAUCACUCAAAACGUGUGACCCACCGUUUGAAGAACCUGCAGAGGAACAGUUACAUGCAAGGUGUGUUUACAGCAAAAAUUAUACCAAAAAAAAAAGACAAAACACACUCCUAACUGGGGGGAGAGGAAAUUGCAGCAUCCCCCCUGGUGCUCCACACUGUGGUGGGAUGUUCUGCACUGUCCUUUAUCCCAGUUACGUUUUCUCCCAUCAUCACCUGAGUGCUUGGGGAUUGUCGAAGUUUCAUAGAAGCCUUCAGGUUAGAAAUUUAAAUUAUUUAUUUUAAUUAAGGGUUUGUUUGCUUGUAUGUUUGUUAAAGCUUAUUAAAACCUUUGUAUAUGGUGAGAGGUGAGGAAAACAAAUAUUUUCACAAACUUUGCAGAGCUCAGGGAAAUAUAUUUGCUUAUUAAUACUGGUGCUGCAAAGGCCAUGGGCUCAGCCUUGGGUCACGCUCCUGCAGUGCCUGGGGCAAUGGAAAUGCAACACAGGAUGGUUCAAAGUCUCAAACUGAUGGGAUUUGUUACCGUGAGAGCAUUUAAACCCAACUUUCUGUUGAGCUUAAUUCAGUUUCUUUCCCGAUGCCAGUCCCACAGUGUUCAGCCAUCAGUGUGGGCAGGGAGGUAUCCUGUGUACAGUUACGUGUGGUGCUCCCCUAGGAGGUAAGGACUAGAAAAUAGGAAUUUUCCAGGUGAGGAGAAGGAACUGGUGCCAAAGAUAAGGGGAAUUACUAUGUUGUGCUUAAGGCUUCUUUGUCAUGGUGUCUUGAGAGGAGGAGGAGGAGGAGGAGAGGGAAGGAGGUUCCUGUGUCUGGGGCUUAGGGCACCCCGAUGCCAGUUCUGCUGCACAGGUUCCCCCUUGGUUAAUGACCUCGAAGGGGAGUGCGGUGGGGAUGGAAAAGGAUGUGGCUGCAGCAUCCCAAAAAGCCAACCAUUCCCUCUGUCCCACUGCAGUGGUGUAAAACGCCAGCCUGGGGCACGGGGUACUUCAUGUCCCCAGGACACAUUGCCCUGUGCUGGGGCACCCAGCUUCCUGCUCUGGUGAGGCAAAGUGAUCUUAAAGUGCUGCCUGCACAUGCCUUCUGUACCCACAGGGAGUGAGGAAGUGUGUGUGAAUAGGGGUCAGCUCUGUAAAGCACUCUUCAAGCACUGUUGCACGAGUGUGAGGCUUGUAGAACAUUUACUAAUGGGAGCAAAGUUUGUGAUACUGGAAUGAUCAAACGUAACGCUCAGAAGAGGAGGACCUGGUGGCAGCUGCAAAAUAGGAGGAGGAAAUGUAAAACCUGUUUUAAAUUGUUCAGUUAGUUAAGCCUUGUAACAGCAAGAGACAUGGAACAGAGCUGGAGAUUUUUCUCACUCCUUUGUCUAACCCUUUCUUAGCUGCUUAAACCUGCUCUGCUCUGCCCUGCACUGCAUGCCUUGUUUAAACACAUCACUGCAUCUGCAUGGCAUCACUGGUUUACAGAGUGCAUUUGGAAUCUCUUGGAACCACCUGAGUUACCUCUUCCCACCUCUCCAUUUCAGCCUCCAGCCCUGAAAACAAAGCCUUUAGACUGGACCUGGUUUAAAAUUAAGGUUUUGGGUGUUCUGCUGAGGAGGGGCCGUUCCCAUUGCAGGCGCAUCCCUGGAGGGAGGAGCAGCUGGAGCUGCAGACAGCAAACUGAGAAAUUAAUAUAGCAGAGCCCAUAAAUCUCCAGACAGAAGGUUCUCCUUCAAGUUCUGCUUAGAUUAUUGUGUUUUCUUGCAGGAAGAAAUGGUCUCUAGAGCUGUUCUCUGAGUCGAAGCAGAGCUGAAGCACCUUUGCCUUUAAGGCACGGUUUUUCUGAGAAAAGCUGUGGAUUUUGAUGUUGCAGAGAAUUGUGUAAAAGCCUUUUUUCGUCUUCUAUUUCCCCCUACCCCUUAAAGUAACCUUAUUGUUAGAUUUAGGGUGAGAUUUUCCAGAGAGAAGCUGUUGGUCUGUGUUGAUGGUCUGGCUCCCAGCACUGUCAGUGGCAGCAGAGCGUGGCUGGUGACAGUGGAGCCUGUCCCCUUUUCCUGCCCCAUCCUCUCAGUGUGAGUGAGGCUGCUCUGGAGCUUUGGCUAUAUAUCAUGUCUGGCUGAUGCUCAAAACUGCCCAGGUCCUUCAUUAGGUUUUUCUCCACUUAUAACUUGAAUAACUGAGAAAUAAGAACAUCUUGAAUGUUGAACUUGAACACUGAUUGUCCUGUUCUCGGCUGCUCACUGAUCUGUGCCUGGUGUUAGAGGCUUUAAAACUUGAGGUUCGUUGCCCUGAAAAUGAGUGAUCCUGAAGGGGCAGAGAGGAGAGAAAAGGAAAAGGAAUCAAAGCUGCUGGUGUCUGUCGAGCUCUGUGUGUUUUGGGGCGGUGCUGCAGCUCCAGAGCGAUGGAUUCAGCUGAGAGCAGGCCACAGCUGCAGUGACCAGGAGGGUUAAUGAGAGCAAUUAUUCACAGGAGUAAAGAGGCGUAACACAAACACUGGUGUGUGGAGGAAAACAUGGAUAACCCUGCAGAAGGAGGAGUGUGCUCUGGUAAUGCCCAUCCUGCCCUAAGGAAUUCUCUGUGUCCAAGC